AUGAUAUCGGGAAAAGAAAACAAUGGACAAACAGAUAUCGUUGUUCUUAAACGUGUAACGAUUGGUGGUAGUGUGUUGUCAGCUGCUGAUUUUGCCCGUGUAGACGAAGAUGCACCGGUCUUCAAUCAAUGGAAUGAUGCUAGUGAGAAGAGACUAGGUGUAGAUGACAUAUCAAAUGAUGAUGAUUUAGUUAUUGAGCAACCAUCAUCACUGUCCGAGUCAAUGAAGAUUAUACGUAGUUUACACUUGUUAUCAACUAAUCAAUAUCCUGAAUUACAUCCAUAUCUUUCACAAUUACAGUCGAGUAUAUAUAUAUAUCACAUUCAAAAUCGUCGUGCAUAUUCUAAAAUCAUGGUUAAAACAAUAACAAGUCUUGAAGAGCUUAAAUCUGAACUUAAACAUGAAAAUAACAAAGGCAAAUUGAUCGUAAUAGAUUUUUUUGCCACAUGGUGUGGUCCUUGUCUUCGUAUAGCACCACUAAUUGAAGAAUGGAGUAAAGAUGUCUUCGCAGAUACAGUAGUUUUUCUCAAAUGUGAUGUCGAUGAAGCAGAAGCUGUUUCGCAAGAAUAUAACGUCGAAGCAAUGCCAACAUUUGUUUUCAUCAAGGACGGAGCAGAAAUUCAUCGAUGUGUUGGUGCCAAUGGCGAAAAAUUAAAAGCUGAGAUUGAAAGCAAAAAGUAG